AUGCCACUCCCUGGUUCUUGGUUGGAUAGUGAGUGUGCAGAUGCAGAAGCGUAUGCCAAUGCUACCAGGAUCUUGUAUAGUGGGUGCCCUCUGUGUCUAGAAGAAGAUACCUGCAACCUUUGCUUUGAGUUCAAGCUCAACAAGUUGAGGGCUCCAGGUGAUAGGUGGGCCACCAGAAACCUAAAAGACCACGCUCCAAUUUCACCUCCGGAAACACUGUCAGCGAGUCGAAUCCUCUUUAUGGAGAAGAUGGGCCAUGUUUUUGAUAGUGGAUCGGGUGCUAAUAGUAAGAAGAAGAGAAGCAAGAAGACCAAUGACAAGAAAGGAACCUGUCAGGGAAGAAGACUGGUGAAAGAGGACUGCAGAGGUGUCAAAGGUCAAGGACUGCAAGCAAGACAAGGGAAGAGGAAGGAGUCUAGCAGCGGAGCAGCGGAGAGCAACAAUCAAGGCUGA